UUUUGGAUAAUUGAUGUGUCCCUUUAUCAAUACUCUGAUGGCCUCAUUCUGUGACAUAAAUCUUUCCAUAUUUCUCUGAUUUUACACUCUGAAAUUUCUUUGCAGUUUUGUUCCUUUAUUUUGUUCCCAAUAUUGGCGCCUAUAUCAUGGGAGAAGUGAGAAAUGUGGGGGUGUGCAGGAUAGAUCUUGAAGAUCUGCGAGAUAGUUGCUGUGCACCAGAGAAGCUGUGAUGGAGAAAAGGGUGUUGGAGGUGCCCUUAAGCAGAUUUUAGAAUUUUAUGUGUAAGCAAUUGAUUUGAAGGAAACUGAAAGCCAUAACACAAGUUGCUGAGUUAGAACCACACUUAAAGAAAAAGGGUUUUCUUAGAGGUCAAGUUUGAGAAAUAGUUAGAAAAAAUUUUUUAUGCAAAAGCAUCAUUUAUAUUUACUUCCAUUUUAUGUUAGUUUUGUAGCCAAAGCUUAUUUAGCAAAUAUAGCUGAGAAUACAGCAUAAGGCAAGCUUGUAAGGUGGUCACAAGCUGUGUGUUUUCUGGGUAAGCACACAAAUUGUUGACAUUUAGAGCUCAAGCUAUCUGUAACUAACACCAGCCUGUGAGAACAUGGAUGGAACUUUGGCAACUUUUAGAUAAUGGGUGUGUGAACUGCGACAAGGUUAUCAAGAUCAUGUGAAAUAUGUAAUUCAAAAGAUAUAAAAUACUCAAUGUGAAGUGAAAAGAGACAUUUGGAAGGUUGAGCUGUAACGUGUGUAACUUCUGUGGCAAAAAAUCCUUUGUGAUCUUGAUCCUUGGCCAAAUGGAUAAGACCAGCAUCACCUUUAAUGCGUCGGAAUUCUAUGAAAUGUUUGAAGACUACAGCAAUGAGAGUUAUCCUUUGUUUGAUAUUGACGUGAUUCCCUGUAGCCUUGUGAUUAGUGGCAAUUGGAUCAACCCGGCAACUGCAAUUGUCUAUACCCUGGUUUGUAUCCUCGCUGUGAUAGGGAACAUAGUCGUAAUGGUUGUCAUACUUUACAAUCGACGCACAAUAUCAUCCACAGGUAUCUACCUGUUUCUUCUGGCAGUGGCCGAUUUGCUCUUUGCCGUGACCCUGCCUUUUUGGGCAGUGGAUGCCAUGUCUGGUUGGGUGUUUGGUGAUGCCAUGUGUAAGAUCAUCAGCAUGUUACAGGAAGUUAACUUGUACAGCGGGAGUCUGUUAUUGGCUUGUAUCAGUAUCGAUCGCUAUCUAUCCAUUGUCUACUCUACACAGACUUGCAGCUGGAAGAGACCAUUUUUUACUAAGCUGGCCUGUGCUGCUGUUUGGGUGCUGGCCAUUUUUCUGUCCUUACCAGUCCACAAGGGCAAAUAUAUACCACCCGGUUCCAGCAUAACAAUGUGUUAUGAGCUAUUAGACGGUGAAUCGACCAAAACAUUGGGACUAAUCACCAGGUUUUGGUGGCAGUUUAUUGGAUUUCUCAUUCCACUGGCUGUCAUGAUCUCCUGCUACAGUGUGACGAUCUGGAAACUGUGUCAAAUGAAGGAAAUCCGGAAACAGAAAGCCAUGAAGAUCAUCAUAGCUGUGGUGCUGGCUUUUCUCAUUUGUUGGCUGCCGUACAAUAUUACUCUGUUCAUUGACACACUGAUGAGGAGCAAACUCAUUGGUGAGACUUGUGACAUGCGCAAUCAUAUCGAUAGGGCUCUAUCUGGAACCCAAAUUUUGGGAUUUCUGCACUGCUGCCUUAAUCCAAUCUUAUAUGUAUUCAUUGGGGUUAAAUUCAAGAGUAAUGUGAUCAAUCUCUUGGCUACAAAAGGAAAACUAAGUGAAGAGUCCAAGUUCAGGAGAUCUGUAUCCUCUUCCUCUGAACCUGGACUGACUUCAACUAACAGUAAGAUGCUAAAUAAUUGAUAAAGGGGGGUGGGUGGAUGUGGUAUACUUGGAUUUUCAGAAAGCUUUUAAUAAAGACCCUCACAGGAGGUUGUUUAGCAAAAUUAAAGCACAUAGGAUAGGAGGUAAUACACUCGCAUGGAUUAAGGAUUGGCUAACAGACAUAAAACAGAAAGUGUGAUUUUUCAGUCACCCCACUGCCAUGAUCAUCUGGUCCCGCUGAAUGUCAAUAGACUUUUGGUUGGGCCGCUGCAUCCCCCAUGGCUGGUCCCACCCUGAUGGGGCUGGAAAAUCCCAGCCAGAGAGUAGGAAUAAACGGGUAAUUCUUGUGUUGGCAGGCUAUGACUAGUGAGAUACCACAAGGGUCAAUACUUGAGCGUCAGUUGUUCAUAAUAUGGAUCAAUGAUUUGGAUGUGGGCACCAAAUCUAGCAUUUCCAAGUUCACGGAUGACAUAAAUCUAGGUGGGAAUAUGUGUUGUGAGGAAGAUGCAAAGUGGCUUCAAGAGGCUUUGGGAAGACUUAAUAAGUGGACAAUAACAUGGCAGAUGGAAUAUAAUGUGGAAAAAUGUGAGGUUAUCUACUUUAGUAGGAGGAACAGAUGUGCAGAGUAUCUCUUAAAUGGUUAGGGAUUAGAAAGUGUAGAUGUACAAAGGGACCUGGGUGUCCUUGUCCGUAAGUCAG